AUGAAGUAUUGGGUGGAGAACGACAACGAUGGUGGUAGGGAUGAGAAUAGGGAAAUGAAGAAAAGGAGAAAGAGGAAGGUGGUGAUGGUGAUGCUGGAGCGCAAAACGGUGGUCGUUGUCCGUUUGAUUCCACACGCGUCGCCACACCCGGAUUCCAAAUACAAAUUCCAUUCUGAUUUCCUACAAGACAUUUCGAUUCCGUCCAAUAAUAAUCUCACUCCCCCUUUUCUCACAUUCUCACAAUCCUCUAGUGAGUUCAUCGCGUGUUUCCUUCUGAUCGUACUGAUGAAUCAGGUUGAAGAAGAAUCUUUAUAUCAUUCUUUAGAGGAAGAAGCAAUCGAUGUUGAUUGUCUACUUGUGGAACCUCGGUCUGACCAAGUUUCAGUAAGUAGUUGGUGUUUUGAAGAAGAUAAUAUUGGGAAAUGCAUAAAAACUGAAGAUGCUUCUUACAAUUUAGGUGUCCCAGAUUCAAAUAUAAACAUGGAAGGUGUAGAUACAACAAAGCUUAAUGCACUUGAUGUUUUACCACAUGAAGUUGGAGUAGAAAAUCUCUUAACAUCAAAUGGAAUCUCUCCUUGUGAUGAUUAUCUCAUAGAUAUUGGAUACGUUGACCAUGGUGCAUGUAUAGACUAUGUUUCCAAUGAACCUUUGCAUGUCGGAAACUCUAGCUCGGAAUCGCCGUUUCCAAUGUUCCGCAACAAGGGCAAUUUCGGAAUACAAAAUUCAUUGACGGAUUCCAUUCCAGAGUCCGAAUGCCAGAAUUACUUCCUUGGCAACAUUUUUGGAACCGAGUCGAAAACCGUAGAUAAAUUUGAAGAUUUUUCAAAAUCAUUCAUAGACGAGGAAGAUGACGAAGGGAAUCUCCCACUCCAGUUUGCACAAACCGGAAUGGAAUUGACCCCUUUUCGUCAAGAUUUACUUGCGAAUUCCGCUCAAGAACAUGGUGUUGGUGGAAUCACACACAAAAGAUCAAGAAAGCCCACAAAAAGAUACAUCGAUGAGUCAUCCAAUUUGACUCUAAAGAAUUGUAAGAAGAGAAAAGAGCCUUCUUCAAUGUCUAAAGUCAAAAUGUCAACCGUUCGACGUGUCAAAAGUCAAAACGAGAUCAAACCUAAAGAAAACAUCCAAUCUUCUGAAAUCUCUUUUGGUAAAGCCAUUCAAGUACCUUUUAUCUCUCAAUGCCCAACAGAAUGUCAAAAAAUCAGUCCUCCAACUAUGACGGAAAAUCAGAUUGAGAGUUAUUCAAGUGGGUCUGGAGAUGAUUCUGAGACUCAGAUGAUGAGAUCAAUGACAGGAAAAUGGACGCAUAUCAAGAAACUACUCUUUUCAACAUCUGUUCAUAGAACGCCUGUAGAUCUAAAGGACAAAUGGCGAAAUCUUUUGAAAGCAAGUCGUGCACUAAAGGGAAGCAGGAUAGAGGAUGAGCAAAAAAGGAGUCAGCCAUGGCGUCCAUUGCCAAAAUCGAUUUUAUGUCGUGUGAGAGAAUUGGCAUCCACUUAUCCAUAUCCACGAGAAGCUAAUAAUUCAAAGAUUUCAAAAUCCAAAUUUCCAAUUGGGCCCCACGUGUCAUUUUCUGAGGGAAUAAAAGGUAAUAAGUCGGUCGGACAAGAAGAAGAAGGAAGUUGCCGGAGCAGCCCUGGAGUGUCGACACCCCUCCUCAUGUCCUCCCAGCCAUCGCCGAAGAUUAAUGCCCUCCCCUUCUCUCGAUUGCCAGCCAACAUCAGAGUUUCCUUGCGACUUCGACAAUACAUUCCUUACCCGAUCGUUGAAGAUGGAGACAGACUGCAACCACCUAUUAUUUCCGUCUUCCUUCCUCAACCGGUGCUCGCUGAUCAGCCAUAA